GGGGAGCGGGGUGGAGCGCGCGGGGAGGAGGCAGCCGCGCUGGGAGGAGUCUGCAAACUUUCAGCGCGAGGGCAUUGUGGGAAGCAGCCAUGGUCUAAACCUCACCUGUCAGCCGCGCCGGCUCCUGCGCUCGCCUCUUGCCCUCGCUUCUCGAGUGCUCCUAGCUAGCACGGCGGGGGCGGCGGCAGCACCGCCACAAUGAUACAUUUCAUAUUGCUCUUCAGUCGACAAGGGAAAUUACGGCUGCAGAAAUGGUACGUCACUCUCCCUGACAAAGAGAGGAAGAAGAUCACCCGAGAAAUUGUUCAGAUUAUUCUCUCCCGUGGUCACAGGACAAGCAGUUUUAUUGACUGGAAGGAGCUAAAACUUGUUUAUAAAAGGUAUGCUAGUUUAUAUUUUUGCUGUGCAGUAGACAAUCAGGACAAUGAACUCUUGACGCUAGAGAUUGUGCAUCGUUACGUGGAGCUGCUGGACAAAUAUUUUGGAAAUGUCUGCGAGCUGGAUAUUAUCUUUAAUUUUGAAAAGGCUUAUUUCAUCCUGGACGAGUUUAUAAUAGGUGGAGAAAUUCAGGAAACAUCCAAGAAAAUUGCUGUCAAAGCCAUUGAAGACUCUGAUAUGUUACAAGAGACAUUGGAAGAAUACAUGAACAAGCCUACAUUUUAACUGGAAAUCUACCUGAAGACUGGAGCCCACAUGUUAUGAAGCUGUAAAUAAGCAAUGCUUCCCAUCCGGUUUUUUGAUGAAGCCUCAGGCACCAUGCCAAAAAUAACUUAAAGGGAUUUUUGUUAACUAACAAAAGUUAAAGUUGUUUAACAUAUUUAUAAUUACUAUGUGUCUGUAUUAUUAAAAAAAAGAAAAACCCGUGUGUCUUUAUUAUACUGUAUAAAAGUCCUUGAAGCUCUGAAUGUUUAAAAACCCCACAGACAAGAUUUGUAAUGUUUUAACUCCGUCUUAUAUUUUUAAGCUCCUUUAGAUAAAUUUGCUGCAAUUUUUUUGCAUUUGAUCCUCUACUGACAGGUUGAAAAAUAUGUUGUAAUAAUCCAUGGUUUUGAAUGUAAAAUAUAUACGAUGUCGUUAAUACUUUUUCUAAAUGUUUAGUUUUUUAAAUUGUAUAAUAAUUCAAACUUAUGUUGAUAGUGCAGGUGAUAAAUAAUGCUAGACCUUUUUCUUUUCUUUUUUUUUUGAGACGGAGUUUCGCUCUUGUUACCCAGGCUGGAGUGCAAUGGCGCGAUCUUGGCUCACUGCAACCUCCGCCUCCUGGGUUCAGGCAAUUCUCCUGCCUCAGCCUCCUGAGUAGCUGGGAUUACAGGCACGCGACACCAUGCCCAGCUAAUUUUUUGUAUUUUUAGUAGAGACGGGGUUUCACCAUGUUGACCAGGAUGGUCUCGAUAUCCUGACCUCGUGAUCCACCCGCCUUGGCCUCCCAAAGUGCUGGGAUUACAGGCAUGAGCCACCGCGCCUGGCUGCUAGACCUUUUUCAUACACUUAAUAAUACUGUUAUUGCAAUUCACGUACAAAGUAUCUGAUUUUAAAGUGCUGAAUUCAUUUAUUUUUUUCAGAAUUGGGGUUAAGAAAAUAACCAAAGAGUAUAGAAUUUAAUAAGUGUUUUUGAUGCUUUAGAAGCUGCUAUCCUGACUGAGGUUUUAAUUUAUCUUUUAAUUGAAUAUAAGGGACGUUCCAGUAAGGUUUUCUACAAACUACAUAUUUAUUAAGGUUCAUAGAGACCUAGAGAUACAGUGUCUAUGGCUUCCUUUAUUAUUCUAAAGUAGUGUAAGGGUUAAUAACAAUAGCAGUAAUAAUUUUUGCUGCUAUUUUUUAAAUUUAAUGUUCCAAGCUGGAAAUUUCAUUUCAAAUAUGUUUCAAUGUAUCUCUAAUACUUUGAAGAUUUACUAUAUGGCUUACUCAGAGCACUUAAGAUUAUCACAGCCUAUAUUGUGGAUUCCUUUCCUUCUUUUUAUUUUCUCCCUCUUUCUUCCCUAAAUAAAAGAUUUACUGCUGACCAUUA